ACCGGCCAACGGUUUUGAGAGCGGUGCUGGAGCUACAGAUUGCAACGGCAAGAAGCAAAGAUCGGCGGCAAACUGUCAUAAAGAGGGGUUUUAUUCAUAUUCAGCGGACGGUGCGGAGAGAGUAGUUUUUCUUAAGCAGCGAGCAAAAAGGACAUACUUGCCACGCAUGCGCAAUUUCGGUUCACCGAAAACGAUUUGUGCGAAAAGAAACCCAGUCGUUAUCGCGUCAGUUGGGAGGGGAACUACCUCGGCGCGCUUGCUUUGCGCGCAUGUGCGUUAAGCUUGGAAGGUUGGAUACUCUGUGCUCUUUCUCUGCGAAGUGGAAGGAUCGCCGCUGUGCUGGAAUGGAGAAUGUUAAAUGGUUGCGCGGGUUGCGUCACGACACACACAAAUUAAAAGGCACUGACUCGAAUAAACUGAAAUAUAGUUAACGGACAGCCCAGCCCUAUGUAUGCUUACCCAGAAGGAAGCAUUAUUGCAGCCAGUGGUGCUUACUGAGUGAGCGUGUUUAUUUAGGCAUGAUUACUUCAUUGAAGGGAAAUGGAGAGCGUUGAACUGCUAGUAUGAACGAGAGAAGGAAUGAGAAUGGAAGAAGAUACUUUUGAAAUGUUUUUAUCUACAAGCAAAAAGAUGAUACUCCUUUUUCAUCUGCUGUUUUAUCUGUGGGAAGCAAGCAAUGCUAAUGAAACCGUUUCAAAGCCCAAUAUUGUCAUAUUCAUGGCUGAUGACCUUGGCAUUGGAGACUUGGGAUGUUUUGGGAACAGAACACUAAGAACUCCCAAUAUUGACAAAUUAGCUAAAGAAGGUGCAAUGCUGACUCAACAUAUAGCAGCCUCACCACUUUGCACUCCAAGCAGAGCUGCUUUUAUGACAGGCCGGUAUUCCGUCAGAUCAGGAAUAGCUUCUGUACAUCGAACUGGAGUGUUCUUAUUUUCUGGUUCUUCUGGUGGAUUACCUCCUGAAGAAACAACAUUUGCAAAACUUUUACAGCAAGAAGGUUAUUCUUCAGCUCUUAUAGGAAAGUGGCAUCUUGGGAUUAACUGCAACAGCAGUAAUGAUUUUUGCCACCAUCCUUUAAGCCAUGGAUUUGAUUACUUCUAUGGGAUUCCUCUGACCAAUCUUAGAGACUGCAUACCUGGACAUGGAAGCGUGUUUGUCAAAGGAGUUGAAAUGUACAUUCAUACAGCUCUCCAGUUUGUUGGGAUUGCCAUGAUCUCUUUGAAGGUUGUUCACUAUCUUGGUCUUUUUAGAGGCUGCAUCAGAGCACUAGGCUACUUCUUCUUAAUGGCUUCUGUGUUACUUGGACCCUUGCUGUUAUUUUGGUAUAACUACCGGUAUCUAAACUGCAUAUUGAUGAGGAAUCACACUAUUAUUCAGCAACCCUGGAUCUAUGAAAACUUCACACAAAGAUUUACUGAGGAAGCCAAAGGGUUUAUAAAAAGAAACAGUGAGGCACCGUUUCUUCUUUUCCUGUCUUACCCUCAUGUCCAUACAGCUCUUUUUGCCUCUCAGACUUUCAAAGGAAAGAGUAAACAUGGAUUAUAUGGUGAUGCUGUAGAAGAAAUGGACUGGAGUGUAGGAGAGAUCCUUCAUGUGUUAGCUCAGUGGCACCUAAGUGAGAAGACUCUUGUGUACUUCACAUCAGACCAAGGAGCACAUAUUGAAGAAAUAUCUAUUAAUGGAGAGGUCCAUGGUGGUUAUAAUGGAAUUUACAAAGGUGGAAAGUCUAUGAAUUGGGAAGGGGGGAUUCGAGUGCCUGGUCUUCUCCGCUGGCCAGGAGUUGUUGAGCCUAAUACACACAUUGAUGAACCAACGAGUAAUAUGGAUAUAUUCCCUACAGUAGUUAAACUUGCUGGAGCGUCUUUACCUAAGGACAGAAUUAUUGAUGGACAUGAUCUGAUGCCCUUGCUUCAAGGCAACACUGUCCGAUCUGAGCAUGAAUUUCUCUUCCAUUACUGUAAUGCACAUUUAAAUGCAGUGCGCUGGCAUCCAGGAAACAGUACAUCUAUUUGGAAGGUGUUUUUCUUCACUCCAAAUUUCAGCCCAGAAGGCUCCAACGGCUGUUAUGAUUACCACGUGUGCUUUUGUCAAGGUGAUUUUGUUACACACCAUGACCCACCAUUACUAUUUGAUCUUUCCAAAGACCCAGAAGAAAAAAAUCCACUAACACCAGAAAAAGAGAGUCAUUUCUAUGAAAUCAUUCAAGUCAUUCAACAAGCAGUAAACAACCAUACUACAUCCCUUCCCAAUGUUCCCAACCAGUUGUCUUUGGACAAUAUUCUGUGGAAACCCUGGCUUCAGCCAUGUUGCUCUUCUUUCCUGCAGUUUUGCUACUGUGACCAUGAGGUAGAAGAAAACAAGGAUGUGCCUUAUGUGUGACAUUACAAAUAUGUAAUCAUGUACAUGCUUUAGCACAUGCUGCAAACAGAAGGUAUUUCUUGAACUUGUGAAGGGUUACAUAAU